GUACACACACAGUUAUAUAUGUGUGUAUAUAUAAUUUAUUUUGGCAUACAUGCAAUACCAGAGCGAACAAGAGAUUUCCUUACGAAUUAUGUAUUACAUACAAAUGGACAUAUGUACAAAAGGCAUACAUUGAUCCGGAGAAGUUAGCAAAAAUUAAAAAAAAAAAAAUCAAAUAAAUUAAAAAAUAAAAACAUUAAUAUUGUAACCCCUGGCAUUUGAACGCAGCAUACGCAUUCCAACAUGCAGGCAUAUACUUAUGUAUGAAUAUAACUAAUUUUCAUAUAUAUGCAGACAUAUACAUAUGAAUAUACAUAACUAAUUUUAUUUUGAAUACACCUCUGCUUGAAUUUGGCCCCUGGGUUACACCAAACCCAAUUUGUUAAAUAUUAAAGCUUUUAAUUUAAUGAAAUUGAGUAUACAAGUGCAAACUUGUCUAACAGCCUUUUCGCACAGAAUUUAUUUGUUCAAUUAACCGACUUUGCUCGAUUUACCAUACAAACAAAUAUCAUUUUUCUACAUUAAUUUUUAAUCGAUUACAAAUAGAUUUACCAACCAAAAAAUCUCAUUUUUUCGACAAUAAUUUUUAAUCGAUUACAAAUUUAGUAGAAAAUGCGUUGCAGCACUGUGGGUUGUUGUCUACUCUGUAAAUUUGGCUGUGUUUAUUGAUCAACUAGCAACCAAAUUACCAACUACUUUUGAACAGCAAAAACAAAAAUGUAUAACAGCUGAUCGUUAAUCGAGUGGCCGGCAACGCGAAGUGCAAAUACUGGUUUCUCAAUUAUAAACUUCAUGUAUUCAAUUAAUUUGGCUAUGCGAAAAGUCUAUAAAGGCGGUUUAUAUCUGUAUAUUUCAUAUUGUUAUAUCAAAAGGUGCCAAGAGUGCGUGGAAAUAUAUGGUAGCCAUGCAAGAAUGAUAGAAGACAAGAUUACGACAGGCGUUUACAGUUAGCUUUUUAGGGUUUUGAGUUCCUGUUGAGUGACUACUUUCACGACCCCGAACACGCGAGCAUAACAAAAUUGCACGGUGGUACAAAACAAUAAAACCAAAACAAAGAGCUGAAGUCAAGGCUAGUGCUUAAUUAUUAUUUAAAAUUCUAAGUGAAAAAUGUAUUAAUUUGAAAAAGAAGUCCGCAAUGGCGGAAUUAAACAACAAUAGUACAAAAAAAUCGUCUAUAAAGAAUUUUUUUCACUUUUCCAACCAACAAUAAAGUUGUCAAAAUGGCGAACUUUUCGUAACAAAACAUAUAAUUUUAAUUAUAAAUAUGCAUUAUUAUAUUGGAACAUUUUAUAAAUGAAGAUUUUAAGAAUUACGUUCAUUGUGAUAUUUUAUCUGCACAUUAUUCAAUUUGGUUCACUAUGUUUCACAUUUCCGUUUUCCAUUUGACAAUUCUUCUGUUGCCUCUUCCCAUUCGUGGGUCGUGAACGCUUCAGCCUGUCGUAAUCUUGUCUUCUAUCAUUCUUGGUAGCCAUGUUUAUUUAUAAGCAGACAACUAACGUAAUACACAUCUCAGAAUGGACCGGACAUGAAUAUGUUACUCCCAAGAAAGAGAGAGAGAGCAUUUCCGAAAAUUUUGCUUUCAAACUAUUUGUUUCACUCAGUCACUGAAUAAAUAAGCGCUAAGGCCGGCGGAAACGAAAAUCAAAUAUUCGGAUCAAAUAAAAUCUAUAAGGAUAAUAAAUUACAUAAUACUCAUAUACAGAAUCGCUUCAUAACUUUUCAAGAAAUCAUGUCCACUGACUUCAAAAUUUGAGAUAAGCCCGAUUAAAGUUUUACAUUCAUAUUGACGUGGUGUGAUGAUAGGAUUUUCCUUCUAUAUCUUGAAAUUUUAAUCGUAUCUAUUUCAUAAUUUGGUCGACGGAAUUCCUCUUGGCUAUCCCUCCGCGCGGGUGUCGACUGGGCAAUGGGUGGCGUUGCUUGCACGGUGGUGGUCUCUAGCUGUCUAUGGACAGGCUAAGCCACUGCAUUGCAGGCGGGCGUCACCUAGCUAAGGCUGUUGUAAUCCCUCAUUCACCUCGUCAUGGUGGUCAGCUCCACAUGCAACCUCAUGAGGGGGUGGAUGAGGGUUUACAUUGGCCAUUGCUAAGACGUACCUGGCGUCAGGUAUAAAACGCUAGGGGUAGAGUCCCCCGAAUUUCUAAAAAUCGACAUGGAGGACAAGAAAAAAGAAGAAGAGCGGGCUAGGAUAUUAGCCCAAACGUCAGUGGGAGGCGUGGCUGUUACCACCGGCGGGCACAGCGAGAUUUCGAGCUGUGUCGCCAGCGGCCGCACCUCUACUGCAGCGGGAGCAGGUUGCAGUGGUUGUACUGUUACUGCCAAACCAACUCUACGUCGCACCGGUGACGCAGUCCACGAAGACUCGGACCAGGAAAUCGCCGUAAGUAUAAAUACGGAUAAGGAGGAUGAACUUCUUCGCUCUCCGGAGCUAUCGACCGAGGGUUCCAACUCUGGCAACAAGAGAGGGCCCCGGAAGAAGCCAAGCAAGGAGGGGUUGAAGGCAAAGGCGCGAUAUACAGCGGCGGUCGGGAUUUGCAACCGACACGAAGGCAAGCCUAACCUGAAGGAGGAGGAAGAGAAAAGGUUGGCUUGGGCCAGAGAAGAGGUAAAGAACGGCCGAGCUCACUUCGCCACUCGUAAUUGGUGCAAUGCUUCAGACCCAGCGUUUGCGAAUCGCAUUGAGGAGCAUAUUGCGGAGAAGAGGCAGCGCUCUACGGAGGGUGAAACGAAGGCACCAACAAAAAGGAGGAGAUGCAAAGACGAAGCUGAGAAGCUAGACGUCAGGCAUACGGACGAGAAGCCGACAACGUCCAAAGCAGCGGCGGCGGUCAAUGAGAUUGCGAGGCGACACUUGAUCGUUGCGCUCAUCGAUCGCAGCAACCCGCUGGGACAGAUGUCACAAGAGCGGUGGAAAACAGUGGAGAUGAAGCUGUUGGAAGCCCUCUUCGCACGGAUGGACUCCGAUCCAAGCGCACCCAUGCCAACUUUCGAUGGAGCGGGGUGGCUUGGGGGGGUCAACAUCCUGAAAUGUAAAGACGAGCCGUCGUUGACCUGGGUGAAGGAGGCUGUAAAAACGCUUCCGAACCUAUGGGAAAACGCCAAAUUGGAGGUGGUAGACCGUAGCAGCAUUCCUUCGGUGCCCAAAGCGAAGGUUAUUAUACCUAGGGUGGUAGACCCGAAUCAUGCUCUGCGGUUACUACAAAGACAAAACCCGGACGUGCCGACUAGCGACUGGAGGGUACUAAGCGUGGCGAAAUCUUCAAACGAAGACGGAGGCCAAAGCUACAUCCUCCAGAUUAAUAAUGCGGCGGACGACAUACUCUAUGCGAGGUUCGGGAAGAUGGCGUUGGUAGCGUGUAGCUUCGCCUCAAAAAGCGCCACCCCGCGGACGGCAACGAGAACACGCUCGAAAAAGGUGAAGUGGAGAAGGAUCUCGGCAUCGAAGAGAUCAUGGCGACUUCACUGGUCUUACAGGAGGUGGAAAGGGCACCUACCCAACAAUCUGAUGGCGCAAAAUCAGGAGCUGAGGGUACUUUAGCUGAACCUCCACAAGAGUAGGAUCGCCUCAGCCGAGCUCCUUCUCAAUUUAGAGAAGGGCGGCUACGACGUGGCUCUAGUCCAGGAACCAUGGAUAGCUUCGGGAAACGUGGUCUCUGGGCUAAAGUCCAAAAACUUUAUAACAUACAUCCCGAGCGUAACCAACAGGAUGACUUAACGGUGGUGGGUGUAAAGGGUGUCAAGGAUGAGCUCAUACUCCUUGCAUCCUGCUACAUGCCACACGAUAGCGAGGCGCCAACGGCGGAGCUCCAUAGACUGGCGGUUACAUCCAGUGACAGGAGGCAGGCGCUGGUGGUGGGCGCCGAUGCCAACGCCCAUCAUACGAUCUGGGGAAGCCCAGACAUAAACCAGAGAGGUGAGUCACUAUUCAACUUUAUCAUUCAAAGUAGUUUAGCGAUAGCCAAUCGAGGUGAGGAACCUACUUAUAUAGGACGCACAUCGAAGAACGUUUUAGACAUUACUCUAUAUACAAAUAGAGGUGUAGUGAUGGAGAACUGGAAGGUGUUAGGUACACCAUCAUUCUCUGAUCAUAGGUACAUCUACUUUUCCAUUCGAUCGAAAGCGAAAAUAAGAAGUGUAGGUAGAAGGGAUCCAAGAAGGGCAAAUUGGGACCUCUUGCACCUUGCACUUUUAACUCUCACAAAGAACUAGAGGAGGGCGUAAAAAUAUUUACAAAUGCUCUCAACAAGGCAUUCCAAUCCGCGUGUCCUCAAUUACAGCUGAGGCAAAACACAAAGCCCCCCUGGUGGAACAAGGAACUCGGGUCCUGCAGACGCAAGGUACGAGAGAUGUUCAACUGGGCCAAAAUAGCAGAGAAUAAUGAAUGCUGGGGUGAAUAUAAAGAUCUGCUACGAGACUACAAAAAGCUAUUGCGUAGGACCAAGCGUCAGUCCUGGAAAAGCUUUUGUGGCAAGUUUGAAAAGACCAAUGAGGUGGCAAGGCUCAGGAAGUUGUUAUCCAAGAGUCCCGCUCCACCUGGUCUGAUUCGCAAAAUUGACGGGGAAUGGACGCACAACUGUGAGGACUCAUUAGAGGACCUUGUCAACGUGCACUUCCCAGGCUGUAAGAAUACAGUCACUCCUGAGUGUGAAGAGGAAUGUCCUAGGAACUUUCUUGAACAAAUUAUCACGGAUGACAAGAUUGAAUGGGCAAUUCGCUCGUUCAGCCCAUUCAAAUCCCCAGGUAUGGAUGGAGUCAUCCCAGCCAUGCUACAAAACAUACCACGGUUGGUUGUGCCGUGGUUAAAAACGAUUUUUAGAGGAUGCCUAAGGUUCGGGUAUGUGCCGCACUCGUGGAGAGAGGCUAGGGUAGUGUUCAUUCCAAAGGCAGGUAAGAACAACCCAACCUACUCAAAGGAGUUUAGGCCCAUAAGCCUAACCUCUUUCCUUCUGAAAACAUUAGAGAAAAUUAUAGACGUGCAUAUAAGGAACGCGGCGCCCCCUGGUAGCCUGUCCAAGGCACAGCAUGCGUAUACUAAAGGCAGAUCUGUAGAGACUGCACUCCAUUCACUAGUAUUUAACAUCGAAAAGGCCCUGGAAUAUAAGGAGUAUGCUCUCGGAGCUUUUCUGGACAUUUCCGGGGCAUUCAACAACGUUUCAACGGAAGCCAUUUUGAAUGGCAUCGAGUCUAUAGGAGUUGAACCAGCCAUACGGCACUGGGUAAAAAACCUCCUGACAUCUAGAAGGAUAACGGCAGAAUGGAACGAUGCCAGAACGACUAAGGAAGUCGGUAGGGGAACUCCGCAGGGCGGAGUACUUUCUCCGCUCCUUUGGACACUGGUCGUGAAUAAUCUGUUGAAGAACUUAGAAGGUAAAGCUCCCAAGAUAAUAGCAUAUGCGGACGACAUAGCCAUAGUAAUAACAGGAAAGUGUCUGCAUACUAUUAGCAACAUAAUGACCAGCACACUCAAUACUGUCCAAAAUUGGGCAACACAAGCAGGCCUAGGGUUAAAUGCGGAAAAAACCGAUCUGCUUGUUUUUACAAGGAAAUACAAAAUCCCUCAAUGGAGGUUCCCAUCACUAAACGGAACAGAACUAUCACCAAAGGACCGCACUAAGUACCUAGGAGUCGUCUUGGACAGUAAGUUACUGUGGAAGCACAAUGUGGAAGAAAGGGUAAGAAAGGCUAGUAAUGCUCUAUAUGCAUGCAGGCAGUUGCUCGGCACUACCUGAGGGCUUUCUCCCUCUCUCAUGCACUGGUGCUACACAGCGAUAGUGAGACCAAUCAUGCUCUAUGGUGCUAUUGUGUGGUGGACAGGCUUGAAGAAGUCAACUUAUCGAAAGCAAUUGGAAAGGGUUCAGCGACUCGCAGCUCUCUGUAUAACGGGAGCUCUGAGAACCACCCCUACGGCAGCUCUUGAACGGAUACUUAACCUGCCGCCGAUAGAUCUCUUUGCCGAAACUUAUGCGGCAAAAUCUGCGGGGCGACUACUGGCGGGAGGGGAAUUUACGCAUAGAACUUUUGGGCACAGCUCCGUGGGUAGGGGCAGUUUGGCAAGUACCGACUACUUGACCCCACUAAUGAUUUGGGAAAGAAGAUUCCGGGUGAACCUGGAAAAAGACGGCUGGCGUAAGGGAAUGAUAACCUCACGCAGCACAUUGAAUAUCUACACGGAUGGCUCGAAAAUGGAGGACGGGGUAGGUGCUGGAAUAUACUGUCAGGAGUUAGGCGUAAAGCAGCCUUUUAAACUUCCGAACCACUGCAGUAUUUUUCAAGCGGAGGUAUUUGCUAUUGGGAAAGCCGCGGAGCUAGUCCUCAAUACAGCAGCCGGCUACUCCAAAGUCAAUAUCUACGUAGACAGUCAAGCAGCAAUUAAGGCAACAACCUCGGUUUGCAUUUCGGCCAAAAGUGUCUUGGAUACCAGGAUGGCAGUGGAGAGAGUUGCCAGGAACACAUGUCUUCGCUUCUACUGGGUGCCAGGACAUAAAGGCAUUGAAGGCAACGAGAUUGUGGACGAAAUUGCCAAGAAUGGUGUAAAACUGUCUUCCGGAAACGCGAAUAACAUUGGCAAACCCAUGCACUGUCUGUUCGAUGAUCUGGACAGGGGCAUGAAAAGAAAAAUCCUAGCACGUUGGACAAAUAUACCGGGGUGUAAAACCGCUAAAGCCAUGUGUAAAACCGUAGACCAGAAGUACACCAAACUCAUUCUGUCACUCGAUAGAAGGGACUGCAGGAGUUUGGUGGGAAUACUCACGGGUCACUGUCUGGUGGCGGCACAUGCCUACAAAAUGGGACUUACAGAUCGAGAUAACUGCAGGAAAUGUCAAGAGCGAGGUGCAAUAGAAACAAUGAAGCAUCUUCUGUGUGCCUGCCCUGCAUUGUCAAGGCAGAGACUUCGCUACUUGGGGGCCUCACAAUAUGAGAAUCUGGAAGAGGUAUCGAAAGUGAAGCCACAAAUGCUUUUAAAAUUCGCGUCAAGCGCAGGCAUCCUAAGAGAUGACUACUCCUCGUGGACAACGUGACGGCACUCCAUCUGGUAUCACAAAGGACCUAAAUAGGUCUAUGUGUGGCGUAUUGGCCUACCAGUUUAACCUAACCUAACCUAACCUAUUUCAUAAUUUUGAAUCCCUAAUCCCUUAAUUCACCAGGUGGUCCAAAUAAGAGUGAUCCCUGUAAUUGAACAAACUGUUCAUUUAUACGGGAUUCUUUUAAUUUUGAUGUGCAAUUAAGCGAAAAGUACCGUAAUUUAAAAUUUUGUUCGAAAAUAAUCUGUGAUUAUUCUUCAACGUAUAAUUCACAUUUUUUCACAUCGGAUUGUGGAACGACUUGGCUGAAGCCAAAUGAACAACUGCAAAUUAAAAACUUUAAAAUAGUUAAACUCAGUCUACGUGGGGACAUUAAAAUGUUGAUACAGCAUUAUUAGAAAAAGAUACCGGCGCCACUUGCACAGUAAAAUCAUUAUUCAUAUAUGGUAAUCCCUGAACAAAUUUCAGCACCAAAAUACAUUAUAUCCAAGACAAUUUCCUCACAUAAUUUUGCUAAAAUAUCUCAAAUAUUUAUCGAUAAACUAUAGUAGUAGUUGGAAGUAUCACAUAUUUUAGAAGAAAGUUUUGAGGACGAAGAUUUCACCACUACUUCUUUUGAUCUCACUCAUCUUUCCAACAUAUCUCCAAUUAAAAACAAGGAACUAGUAGUAAAGACACACAGACGUGCUCACCGCAAUUAUAACAAGUAAGGAAGGGCUAAGUUCGGGUGCAACCGAAUAUUUUAUACUCUCGCAAUUUAUUGAAGAAAUUUUAUUAAGAUAACAUACAAUUUUACCCAUAAAUUCGGUAUAAAGUUUAAUAGAAUAGCGAAAAUCGUCACAUAUUCAUUCAGUUUCACCAGCAAGGUAUACUAUAUACAAGACUAUAUGCUCACUCAAUUUUGCUAAGGUAUCUCACAUAUUAACCAAUACAUAUAUGCGGAAUAAAGCCCACCGUAUUUUGGAAAAACCUAUAAUUAUUAUAGGUAUAUGGGAACUAGGAGAUGAUAUUUUUGAAAAACCUAUAAUUAGGUAUAUGGAGAUGUUAUGACCCGAUUUUAAUAAUUUUUGGAACAGAGACACACUAUUAGAAGAAAAUAAUUUCCUCGAAUUACAUUAAAUUAGCUGAGAGAUUUACCCAUAUUUUCGGUGAAUAAUUACCCUUUGGCACUGAGUUCCUCAUGUUCGAUACCCGGGCCUUGAAAAGUUAUAGCACUAUUUCGACAAUUUCUCCACAAGUGCAUAUAUAUUAUAAAGUAAAGAAAUAAGAUGGAAUUAAAAAUUGAGUUAUAUGGGAAGUAGGCCUGGUUGUGAACCGAUUUCGCCCAUAUUCCACCCGUGUCAUCAGGGUGUCAUAAAAGUGUUAUAUACCAGUGUUAUAUUUCAUUGAAAUCGGUCGAGUAGUUCUUGUGAUAUGUUUUUUGACCCAUAAGUGAUCUGAUAUUUCUUCUGUAUAAUUUAGUGUUUCUGACGUUUUUCGUUAGUGAGUUAACGCAGUCAUUUUCAACAUAACUCUUGUAUGGGAGGUGGGCGUGGAUAUUAUCCGAUUUCUUUCAUUUUUGGACUGUAUAAGGAAAUGUCUAAAAGAAACGACUGCAGAAAGUUUGGUUGAUUUAUUAAUUUGGGAGUUUUAUACAAAAACCCUAUUUAAAAAAAAAAUUACAUCAAAAUGUGCACCUCCCUAAUGCGAUCCUAUGUUCCAAAUUUUAUUUAUUUAUGUAUGGCUUAGUUAUCACACUGUAUAAGUUUUCGGUUUUCGCCGUUUUGUGGGCGUGGCAGUGGACCGAUUUUGCCCAUUUUUGAAAGCAACCUCCUCAGGAUGCCAAGGAAUUAAGAUAUCUUAAUUUUUACUCAAGUUAUCACACAGACAGACGGACGGACGGACGGACAGACAUCCGGAUUUCUACUCCACUCGUCAUCCUGAUCAUUUAUAUAUAUAACCCGAUAUCUAACUCUUUUAAUUCUUGGUGACACAAACAACCGUUAUGUGAACAAAACUAUAAUACUCUGUGCAACAUGUUGCGAGGGAAUCAAAUAAAGAUGGAAGAAUAAAAUUGGAAUUAAAAAGUUGGGCAGAUAAUCAUAAGUGCACCCAGUACAGUGAUACCGUUAAAUAAAAUCCAUUAAGGACUGCUUUAAAGAUGUGUCUCGUUACAUUUUUUUUUAUAAUUGUACCUAUUAUACAAUGAUUAAAUACUAACAACAAUUCAAUUCUAAUAACUUCAAAAUAAUAAUUAAAAGCUAAAUGUUAGAGAAAUUCAUUUGCUGCUACAGUUGCCUUGCUAAGUCGGUUUUCUCGUUCAGCAGUACCGAUGAGUCUGGAUGCCUCUUAAUUUACAUGCUGUAUAAGCCUCAUUUCGUAAGUCUUUGCAAGUUUGGUUAUUUCGUUUUACUGAAUUCACUCCAAGAUCACGAUGAAGUCAGCAGAUCUAACAUACCGAGAGCAUUAACUAUACUUCUUAGUACCUUAUUUUGGAAGCGCUGAAUGCAGACAAUACAGUUUUAACUUAAGCAACCCCAUAGUUGAGCUCCAUAGGCCCAAAUUGGCUUUAGUACUUGAUUAUAGGUAAACAGCUUGUUUGCGAUUGAAAGCGUGGAUUUCCUACCGACCAGAUGGUAAAACUUAACAAAUUUGAAAUCUAGCUCGCAUCUUUUUUUCUUGACAUGCUCUUUCCAGCGAAGCUUAGCAUCUAAGUACUUAGCAUUAUUGUUAUGUGGUAUAGGAGUACCAUUUAUAUAAAUGGGAUGGUAUGAUGGGUUUAUUAAAGUAAAGUCUACGUGCAUUGAUUUAGAAUCUUUUAAUUUAAUGUGCCACUUGGAAGCCCUUUUAGUAAUUGCAUUGACAGCUGUUUGCACUCGAAGGAGAGAACAUUUCCGAACACUUUCGAUAGAGUUGGCAGCAGCGAUAUUGGCCUGUAAGAUGUGACGUUGUUGGCGCUGUUUACAAUGUUUACAAUUUUUUUUAUACAAUUCUUUGGUAGAUUGCGUAAUAUCUUAAUAUCUCUCCGGUUAUUAAAUCAAACCCAGGAGCUUUUUUGAGCAUUGCGUUCCUGAUAAUACUUUUAAUUUCUUUACAAGUAACUAGAGAAAUGCUGACGAGUGGAUCCAACCAACUAUUUUCACAGUUUGGUUCAUCUCCGUCGUUAGGUGUAAAUGUUUCUCAAAUGAUUUGCAAAUACUGCAGCUUUUUGUGCAUUCGUUUUGGCCCAUUCAGUUUCGUUUAAUUUUAUUGGUCCGACAAGUUUUAUUUGUUUAUUAAUAUUCCUUGCAGCUUUCCAGAGCGAAUAAUCGGUAGUUUUAUCAACAGUGAGUUUGGACAAAUACGUUUUGAAGGAAUAGUUUUUAAACUGUCUAAUUUUUGUUUUUAGUUCCGCUGUACAUCUAUUAAGCUCUGUUUUGAGAGCAGCCGACCUAAUUUUGUUUUUAGUUCCGCUGUACAUCUAUUAAGCUCUGUUUUGAGAGCAGCCGACCUAGUUUGCUGCCAUCUUCGUCGAAGUUUGCGUUUUUUAUGGAUACCAUCUAAGAUGUAUUUUGGGAAUUUGACCACGUGCCGGACAAAAUUACUGGUUUUUCACAUAAAGUUAGUAACACUGGUGAAUGAUCAGAGCUUAAAUCUGAGCUAUCUUCAAUACGUAAAUUGAUUUUCGAUACUUUGUUGAUGACAAAAAAGUCACGUAGAUCUGGUAAUUUCCUACUAUCUGCAGGCCAAAAAGUGGGUCUACCUGUCGAAAUGACAUUGCAUCCAAUAAUUUGUAUAGCUUUCAGUAGUUCUCGACCUUUGGUUGUAGUUAAACGUGAUCCCCAAUGAGUAUGUUUUGCAUAAACUCAUAUAAGUAUCAGUUUUGAUAUUACGCCUGGGCGGACUAGAUAGAGCAAUUAAGUUUAAUGACUGACUGUGCAUUUUUACUGAAAUUGCUGUAGCUUGAAUUUCUUCAGUCUUAAUCUGGGCUUCUUCGAAAUGUUUAUUAAUACUUUUGAUUAAAACCGUGCUUCCUCCCCAUGCUGUUGCUGGGUGCGGAUUGUGGUAUAAGUCAUAAUUUUUGAAUUUUAAAAAUGAAUGGUUCGUAAAAAGUGUUUCGGACAACAAACAUACAUCAAUAUUUAUGUCGUUUAGAAUAACUUCCAAUUCAUUUAUCAGUUGAAGCAUUCAAGGUGUACGGAUGUGCUUUUUAAUUCGCUCCGAGAAAUCUGAUUUUAUAUUUUCUUUUUACAAAAGUAAACAAACAUCAACAUAAAUAUCAUCGGUUAAAUUGUCAACAAACAAUCAAAUCAAAAUACUGUGCACAAAAAUUACCAUAAAAAACAUAAACAAAUAGUGCACAAAACAAAAAUAUAAAAACAAUAAAAUCAAACAAACUAUAAUUAGUGCUGAGCAGCCUCACCAGCCUCAUCCUUAAAUGCCUACUUCAGUUUUGUGGAGCCAACAAAAACAACUCCUGCCAACAAAAAAAGCAACGGCGGUGAUGAGUCCUCGCAGCGAUCAGCUGAAUUGGAAUCGAAGCAAAGGACGCAGUCGGCAAAAGCAGAAGUAAACAGAAAUCGCGCAACAACAAAUGCGUUGAUAGCGACAAGUAUGCAGGUACCAACAAGCACCCGGUUAACGAAGGAAAACAAAAAAGAAGGUGAGAAUGUACAAUGCAAGAAAGGACCAUCUAUUCAGGAGGUAUUGACCGCUACAUAAACACAAAAAGGAAAUCUAGUCCAAUUAAAUCAGCGGUCAAUAACAAAAAAUUUCAAGCAGGCACGCCAAAUGGUAAAAAGCCAGACAUUUUAAUUGGCAAUAGAUUUGCCUUACUGAGCAAAGAAUCUAACGACGAUGCGAAGGGUACUACUGCAGCAGUGAAUGCCAAACCUACUCCAAUCUAUUUACGUGAGCGUAGCUCAAAUGCGCUAGUCUCCAAAUUGAGCAAUUUAAUAGGCACGAACAAUUUUCAUAUAGUGCCUUUAAAAAAAGGUAACAUAGAUGAAACGAAAAUACAAACGUUCACUAAAAAAAGUUUCAUGGAUGUAGUGAAAUUCUUAUCAAAUAAUAACAAGAAUUACUACUCGUACCAAUUGAAGAGCUCUAAAGGCCUAGUGGUAGUCAUAAAAGGUAUAGAGUCGUCGGUAGACUCUAACGACGUUAAAGAAGCUCUUGAAGAAGGUGGUUUUAGUAUUAAAUCAGUAGUAAAUAUAUUUAACAGAAAUAAAGUACCUGAGCCAAUGUUCAAAAUUGAAUUGAUGCCAAAUAAUUAACAACUAAAGAAAAAUUAAACACAUCCAAUUUACAAGUUAAAAUAUUUGAUCCAUCGUAGAAUCACCGUCGAGGGACCACAUAAAAGAAAUGGUCCGGUCCAAUGCACCUACUGCCAAGAGUAUGGGCACACGAAAGCAUAUUGCACUCUACGUAGUGUCUGUGUGGUGUGUGGUGAUCUGCAUCCUACAUCAAAAUGUACUCUUAAAAAAGAGGAAUUAAUUAAAAAAUGUAGUAAUUGUGGUGGAAAUCACACUGCAAACUAUAGGGGUUGCCCAGUAUACAAAGACUUAAAAACUAAAUUGACUGUUGGAAUUCAAACACGCCGUAAUCAAAUGAUAAAUAUCCCUUCCAACGAAAUUAUCGAAAUCCCUGUCCAAAUUUCAAAACAAUGUAUUCUUAAAAAUAAUGCUGCACAAGGGGGCUAUGCAAACGUGGUAAAAGGCAACAUAACACAAAUGCAAUUGCCCCAAAACCAACCAAAUGGAAGCAUUGAAACAAUGAUUUUAAAUCUUACCCAAUGUAUGACACAAUUUAUGUCAACAAUGCAAAAUAUGAUUCAAGAGGUAAUCAAAGCCCAAAACCAAAUGUUGCAAACUUUUUUAAGAAAAAAUUAGCGUACUUAACAUUUGUAUAUGGAAUGCUAAUGGUGUUAACCAACAUAAAUUGGAGCUUAUUAAAUUUCUGAAUGAAAAUAAUGUUGAUGUAAUGCUGUUGUCAGAAACCCAUCUUACGAAUAAAAACAAUUUCUUUAUACCGGAGUAUAGACUCUAUGUUACAAAUCACCCAGAUGGAAAGACACAUGGUGGAACAGCAGUGUUAGUUAGAAAACGACUAAGCCACCACGCAUUAGAAUCUCAUGCUACAGCGCAGUUACAAGCAACAACAAUAUCUAUAAAAAAUCGUUGCGGAGACUUAAAGCUGACGGCUAUAUACUGUUCACCUCGUUUUAAAAUUACGGAGAGUGAAUUUAAAGACUUUUUUGAAACGCUAGGUCAUAGAUUUGUAGCAGGUGGAGAUUACAACGCAAAACAUAUGUAUUGGGGCUCACGACUUAUUAAUCCGAAAGGACUACAGCUGUAUCAUACUAUUAUAAACAGGCGCAAUAACCUUGAUAUAAUAUCCCCGGGUAAGCCGAUAUAUUGGCCUACUGAUCGUAAAAAAAUACCACAUUUAAUUGAUUUUGCAGUAAUUCACAUAACAGUAGAUACAUGUACUGACCUUUCUUCUGAUCACUCUCCUAUACUAAUAAAGUUAUGUGAUCAACCCAUAUUUGUUGAAAAGAAAGUGGGCCUAACAUCACACAAAACGAACUGGCUAAAAUACAAAAAAUACGUAAGUAGCCACAUUAAUAUUGAAUACAAAAUAAAUACAGAAGGAGACAUUGACGAAACUAUUAGGGAACUCAAUGAUAUAAUUAUUAGCGCAGCGGUCUUAGCAACACCAAAGAAAAGCUAUAAGCCACUUGGUCACAGAAAAAUCUGUAAUAGAGAAAUAGAACAGCUUGUAAAUGCUAGACGAGAAUGGCAGAUAAAUCGCUCCCCUUCCACUCAGCUUCAAUUGAAAUCUGCUGUACGCAAAUUAAAACAAGCGCUCAAACGCGAGGAAGAACUCAACAAUGAAAUAUAUAUAAAGAAGCUGUGUCCAAACUCAAGCAAGCAAAAUUUACUUUGGAAAGCCCAAAAGUCCAUGAAGCCACCAGUCGACUCCAACAUGCCUAUACGAGACUUGGGUGAAAAUUGGGCUCGAAGUGACGAGGAAAAGGCUACUUGUUUUGCAAAUCAACUAGAAAAGGUAUUUCAACCAAAUUGAACAAAGAAUAACUUUAAAUUGUCAAUCUUACCUAACACAGCAAAUGAGUCGCCCGAGUCCUUUAAGUCUUCACCUUCUGAAAUUAUUGGCAUCAUAAAAGAACUUAAUCCAAAAAAGUCGCCAGGACAUGAUAAUAUCACCCCAAAAUUGCUAAUUGAGUUACCAAAUAUUGCUGUAGAGGUGCUCUCUUUGCUCUUCAAUGCAAUUCUAAGUUUCGGAUACUACAAUUUCGUGGAAAAUGUCGCAGAUUAUCCUGAUAGAUAAACCUGGGAAAGACUUGACACAGCCGUCUUCAUACAGACUAAUCAGUCUUCUACCCUGCCUUUCGAAAAUAUUUGAAAAGGUGCUACUAUCAAAGAUGUCUCCUUUCCUCCACGAAAAUAAUGUAAUACCAAAGCACCAAUUCGGGUUUCGUGCAAAACAUAGUACAAGAGAACAAGUAAAUAGAAUAACUAACGAAAUAAGAAAAGCAUUCGAGCACAGGAGUACUGUUCAGCUAUAUUUCUAGACGUAGCUCAGGCAUUUGAUAAGGAGUGGCAUGUAGGGCUUUUAUAUAAGAUUAAAAACAUUCUACCUUUAGAAUUGUAUAAAAUAUUGGAGUCUUAUUUAAGAAAUAGAGAAUUUACGGUUAAAGUGGGAGACUUCAUAUCUGAUGAACGAAAAAUAAGGGCUGGUGUACCACAAGGCAGUGUUUUAGGGCCAACUCUGUACAUAAUAUAUACUGCUGAUCUUCCAACAGCUAAUAAUUAUAGCAUCAAGAAUAUUAUUGGAGCACUUAAGAUCUAUCGAAGAAUGGUAUUCAUCUAGAUAGAAGGCUUUCGUGGAGAAAACAUAUACCUAGUAAAAUAACGUGCAUGAAGAUAAGAGCUGCAAAUUUAAAUUGGCUUUUAAAUAAAAAUUCUAAACUUAGCUUAGACAACAAAGUGCUUUUAUACAAUGCGGUCAUAAAGCCGAUUUGGAUGUAUGGCAUUCAACUGUGGGGUACGACCUGUGCAACUAAUAUUGAUAUAAUACAAAGGUUCCAAUCGAAAAUGCUUAGAUCAAUCACGUGCUCACCAUGGUACAUUCGCAAUGAAAAUAUCCAUAAAGAUCUUGGUAUCCAUAUGGUGAAGAAAGCAGUAGAGGACAGCAGAUUGAAAUAUAUAUCUAAACUCCGUGAUCACCCAAACCCAUUGGCUAAUGCCUUAGUACAUUCCUGCGAUCAAACACGCCUAAAAAGAAGGGAUAUGCCUGAAUACUAAAGAGCAACGUUUCACCAAUACAGCUCAAUCACUUGUUUGAGCUUGUCUAGUUUUUUAAAUAGAUUUAAGAUUUUAUAACUUAUUGUUAGGCUUAAAGUAAAAGCAGAUUCAAUAAAUUGCUUAGCCAUUUGCGCAAAUGUAAGUUUAGAAAUUAAUGGGGGGGGGGUUCUUACUUCUUUCCUUCCUUUGUCCGCAACGGA